AUGGAGCGCCGCACACUCCUGGCGCAGCCCGGGCUCUGGACCAGGGACACCAGCUGGGCACUUCUCUAUUUCCUCUGCUACGUCCUCCCCCAGACGGCUCCGCAAGUACUCAGGAUCGGAGGAAUUUUUGAAACUGUGGAAAAAGAACCUGUUAAUGUUGAAGAAUUAGCGUUCAAGUUUGCAGUCACCAGCAUUAACAGAAAUCGAACCCUGAUGCCUAACACCACAUUAACCUAUGACAUUCAGAGAAUUAACCUUUUUGAUAGUUUUGAAGCCUCACGGAGAGCAUGUGACCAGCUGGCUCUUGGUGUGGCUGCUCUCUUUGGCCCUUCCCAUAGCUCCUCUGUCAGUGCUGUGCAGUCUAUUUGCAAUGCUCUCGAAGUUCCACAUAUACAGACUCGCUGGAAGCACCCUUCAGUGGACAACAAAGACCUGUUUUACGUCAACCUCUACCCAGAUUAUGCGGCUAUCAGCAGGGCGGUCCUGGAUCUGGUCCUCUACUACAACUGGAAAACAGUGACCGUGGUGUAUGAAGACAGCACAGGUCUCAUUCGUCUGCAAGAGCUCAUCAAAGCUCCCUCCAGAUAUAAUAUUAAAAUCAAAAUCCGCCAGCUGCCCUCUGGGAAUAAAGAUGCCAAGCCUUUACUCAAGGAGAUGAAGAAAGGCAAGGAGUUCUAUGUGAUAUUUGAUUGUUCACAUGAAACAGCUGCUGAAAUCCUUAAGCAGAUCCUGUUCAUGGGCAUGAUGACUGAGUACUAUCAUUACUUUUUCACAACCCUGGACUUAUUUGCUUUAGAUCUGGAACUCUAUAGGUACAGUGGUGUAAAUAUGACCGGGUUUCGGCUGCUUAAUAUUGACAAUCCUCACGUGUCAUCCAUCAUUGAGAAGUGGUCCAUGGAGAGACUUCAGGCUCCACCCAGGCCCGAGACUGGCCUUUUGGAUGGCAUGAUGACAACUGAAGCGGCUCUGAUGUAUGAUGCUGUGUACGUGGUGGCCAUUGCCUCCCAUCGGGCUUCCCAGUUGACUGUCAGCUCCCUACAAUGCCAUCGACACAAGCCAUGGCGCCUUGGACCCAGAUUUAUGAAUCUGAUCAAAGAGGCUCAGUGGGAUGGCUUGACUGGGCGUAUCACCUUCAAUAAAACCGAUGGCUUGAGGAAGGAUUUUGAUCUGGACAUUAUUAGUCUCAAAGAGGAAGGAACUGAAAAGGUUGCUGGCAAAGUGUCUAAACACUUAUAUAAAGUGUGGAAGAAGAUUGGGAUUUGGAACUCCAACAGUGGGCUUAACAUGACAGACGGCAACAAAGACAGGUCCAAUAAUAUCACCGAUUCACUCGCCAACCGAACGCUCAUCGUCACCACAAUUCUGGAAGAACCCUAUGUGAUGUACAGGAAAUCUGAUAAGCCCCUGUAUGGAAAUGACAGAUUUGAAGGAUAUUGCCUGGAUCUAUUGAAGGAAUUGUCAAACAUCCUGGGUUUCAUUUAUGAUGUUAAACUUGUCCCUGAUGGCAAAUAUGGAGCUCAGAAUGACAAAGGAGAGUGGAAUGGAAUGGUCAAAGAACUUAUAGAUCAUAGGGCUGAUCUGGCGGUGGCUCCUCUUACCAUCACUUACGUGCGGGAAAAAGUCAUAGACUUCUCCAAACCCUUCAUGACCCUGGGCAUCAGCAUUCUCUACCGCAAGCCCAAUGGCACCAAUCCAGGGGUCUUCUCCUUCCUCAACCCUCUAUCUCCUGACAUUUGGAUGUAUGUGCUCUUAGCCUGUUUAGGAGUCAGUUGUGUACUCUUUGUGAUCGCAAGGUUUACACCCUACGAGUGGUAUAACCCUCACCCAUGCAAUCCUGACUCAGACGUGGUGGAAAACAAUUUUACUUUACUAAAUAGUUUCUGGUUUGGAGUUGGAGCUCUCAUGCAACAAGGAUCAGAGUUGAUGCCCAAAGCUCUAUCAACCAGAAUAGUUGGAGGGAUAUGGUGGUUUUUCACGCUAAUCAUCAUUUCAUCCUACACUGCCAAUCUGGCUGCCUUCUUGACAGUAGAGAGAAUGGAAUCCCCCAUUGAUUCAGCAGAUGACCUGGCAAAACAAACCAAGAUAGAAUAUGGGGCAGUCAGAGAUGGAUCAACAAUGACCUUCUUCAAGAAAUCGAAGAUAUCCACCUACGAGAAGAUGUGGGCUUUUAUGAGUAGCAGGCAGCAGACUGCCCUGGUCAAAAACAGUGAUGAGGGCAUCCAACGAGUGCUCACCACUGACUAUGCCUUGCUGAUGGAGUCCACCAACAUCGAGUAUGUGAUGCAGAGAAACUGCAACCUCACUCAGAUCGGGGGCCUCAUUGACUCCAAAGGUUAUGGAGUGGGAACACCUAUAGGCUCUCCUUACCGGGAUAAAAUUACUAUUGCUAUUCUUCAAUUACAAGAAGAGGGGAAACUGCAUAUGAUGAAAGAGAAAUGGUGGCGGGGAAAUGGCUGCCCUGAGGAAGACAACAAAGAGGCCAGUGCUCUGGGAGUAGAAAAUAUUGGGGGUAUCUUCAUUGUUCUGGCUGCUGGACUGGUCCUUUCUGUAUUUGUAGCCAUUGGAGAAUUUAUAUACAAAUCACGGAAAAACAACGAUAUUGAGCAGAAAGGAAAGUCAUCAAGAAUUAGAUUUUAUUUUAGGAACAAAGUAAGGUUUCAUGGGAGAAAAAAACAAAGCCUUGGUGUAGAGAAGUGUCUCUCUUUCAAUGCCAUCAUGGAAGAACUGGGAAUCUCACUCAAAAAUCAGAAAAAGUUAAAGAAAAAGUCGAGAACUAAGGGGAAAUCUUCCUUCACAAGUAUCCUUACUUGUCAUCAAAGACGAACUCAGAGAAAAGAGAGUGUGGCGUGA